AAUAAAAAUGCAAUAUCAUUGCUAUUCAGUUGCACCCAACCCCGGUGACUGCAUACACGCUCAGUGCACAUUGUGAUCAGUGAACAUUAUUUAACUAUACAUAAUAUAAACAAUGAGUGUGAAUUAAAUUGUGCCAACUCCAGUGGAUUUCGUUUCAACAUAAUUAAUAAAUGAAUCAUCAAGUCAUUGUAUAAUUUGUUAAGAAGUUAAUUUUCAGUUCUAUCGAUGUUUAACCAACAGCCAAUUAAUUGUCGUACACAAUUUGCAUUUAACUGUAACCUUAACCGGAAUUUAGUGUAUUGAGUUAAAGUUAUGACGCAAACAAUGACGGAAACACGGCAAAAUCGCGAUGUGACGAAGCUCAGCAAGUCCAGGGAGGCGGACUGGCCCGCAGUGCUUUUCUUUAUUCACAUUCAUCUCCUUUCCUUGUAUGCAACAUGGAUCUUGUUCACAGAAGCCAAAUUACUAACAAUUAUACUGUUCGUCACACUGAUAUCAAUUGCGGUACUAGGAGUGACAACAGGAGCACAUAGGCUUUGGGCACAUGCUACAUACACAGCAAGCACAGAAUUAAGAAUAGUUCUAAUGAUAUUCCAAACUUUGGUUGGACAGGGUUCUAUAUAUGAUUGGGUACAGCAACAUAGAUUACAUCAUGCGCACUUUAAAACGGACGGUGACCCAUUCGACCAUAGUCACGGAUUCUUAUAUGCGCAUUUCUUCACCAGACUACGAAAACUCAGCGAAUACCAGGUUGCGCUGAAAAAUUCCAUAGACAUGUCCGACAUCGAGAAGGAUUCCGUAGUUAUGUUCCAAAAAAGGUUUUAUUGGGUAUUAUACGCGAUAAUAUUCAUUUUGCUACCUUUAAAUGCACCUCUUGAAUAUUGGGAUGACAGUAUUUUGAGUUCAAUAUUCGUUAUUGGAUUUCUAAGAUACUGUAUCGUGUUACACGCUUCAUGGUUAGUUGAAAGCGGAGUAGCUCUUUGGGGACUUAAAGAGGGAGAGAAAUUCCCACCGGAUAGCAAUAGCGUAUUCAUAAUCAAUAAAACAUUCUGGCCCCAUUACCACUACAUAUACCCAAGAGACUAUAAGUCUGGCGAGUUUGGAACCUAUGGAACAGGCUGUUCUACGGCGUUUAUAAGAAUUUACGCUGCUGUGGGACUCGCUACAAAUUUAAUAACUCUAGAACCUCACACACUCCAAGUAGCCAUGGCAAAUGCUGUCAAAACACAAAGGCCCAUCCCUGAAUGUAUUGAAGAAGCUAUCAAAGCGCAAGAGCUCUCCGAAGAUCACUUUCUAAAGAAAUAACUCAAUCGAUAGUAUAAUUUAAAUAUUAUGUUAUUUAGAAAUUUUAUUUAAAUAUUAUGUCUAGUACAAAGACUUGAUGUC